AUGAGGAUGAUUGUGUGGCUGAGUUGUCUUACUUUGGUAGUUAGAGCCUUUCUUGAGGCGGGCACUACCGGCCGCUUCUUCGAGCACCGGUACCUGGUGCUCAGCUACGUUUGGGGCGGGCCACAGGAAGUGAAGCUGGAAACAAGCAACAAGGAUGCCUUGGCAAAGGCGGGCGCCCUCGCCGCCAAGCCUCUUCCCCAGACCAUCAGGGAUUCGAUAUCGCUAAGGUCCAUGUGCCAGAUAUACGCCCUUGCCUUUCUCACUGUCGUCGCCGCGUCCUCGUCAGGGGUCAACGGCGGCCUGCCCGGAUUACGCCCGGGAACGCGCUCGGUUGUUCAAGAAGAGGACACGUUUUGCGAAGAAUCCUGCUUUGAAAACGCACCGCUCCAUUUCCGUCGCGCCUACGCGAGCCAAGCCAAUUUGUCUUUGCGGCCAGAGCCUGGCAGGGACCCAGAGGACUUCUGGGAACUUUACAAGUCCCUGGUGUCCAACUAUACCCACAGGUUUUUCAGCUACCCAGGCGACGUCUUCGACGGAUUCUGUGCCGUCUUACAAAGCUUGUCGGCACUGUCGGGUGAAGACUUCAGUCGGGGUCUACCGCGAUCUCACUUUGAACAUGGACUAGUCUGGACUUCAACCACGAAAACGGGCACGGGACGUAGAAACGAGCUGUCGAUCCUGACCAUGACAUCAUUUCGUGUCAAGGAGAGCAAUACAGACGGCGCGGCCUAUUCAGCGCAGAACGGCGUCGUCCGGCUCGAGAGAACACCGAGCGCUACCGAGCUGGAAUACCUCGAAGAAGGGUAUCCAUCGUUAUACCCGGCCAAGCUGAGCAAAAUCCCAGAGUCGCAGCUCGUCUUCUUCUUGGCUAGCUCGGCCUUCUUUACAUUGGCACCCGGUUACAGCGACCAUUCCCCGCUGGCAAUCAUGGACUCUUCUGGCAUUCGUGUCGGCUCCAUGACGAGUACCGCCACCUGCUCCGUGCCGGACAAGGGCGGCCAAAAUGGUGGUAUCAGUGAUUUCGGCAAGCACGAAUUCGUUGCUGUGGCCAGCCAGACGCCGAUGAAUGUAUUCGAUUACUGGAAGCUGUUGGUGCUACAGAUAGAGUGGCGCGACGACAUCGCCUUCCGCGUCGGCUGCGGCGAGAUCUAUGAAGAGUCGUGA